AUGGACCUCUUAGGUCUAAAUGUUCUGUCUCUCUUACUGCUCUCUCAAGGAAUUCAGCUUACUCACGGCCAAUGUGACAGUGGUAAGUUUCAGUGUGCCAACGGUCAGUGCAUUGACUUAGACUGGAGGUGUGAUGGAACCAAGGACUGCACAGACGACUCUGAUGAGCUCAACUGUCCACCUCCAUCCUGUAGCUCCCAGCAGUUCAAGUGUGUGACGGGAGGCGAGUGUAUCUCCCUCCAGUUUGUCUGCGAUGGGGAGGAGGACUGCACUGACGGCUCAGACGAACAGAGAACCUGCAGAGAGCAGACUUGUGGACCACACCAGUUCACGUGCCAGGAGGGCCAGUGUGUUCCCAAAGUGUACCGAUGUGACCGUGUGAAGGAUUGCUUGGACAACUCAGAUGAGAACAACUGCAACUACCCCAGCUGCACUGAGAAAACCUGUGCCAAUGGAGCUUGCUACAAUAACUCGCAGCACUGCAACGGGCUGCAGAACUGCCGGGACGGCUCAGACGAAUCCAACUGCACGACACAGCAAUGUCCUCUGCACCAGUUCCAGUGCACCAAUGGCUACUGUAUCCCUAUGUCCUUUCUCUGUGACCACUGGGACGACUGCGGGGACAACAGCGAUGAGCAAGGCUGUGUGUACCAGAGCUGUAGUGGAACUCAGUUCACCUGCCCCAGUGGCCGCUGCAUCCCUCAGAACUGGGUGUGUGAUGAGUUCAACGACUGUGGGGACUACAGCGACGAGAACGGAUGUGAUAGUAACUCCCGAGACUGUUACCCUGGUGAGUGGCCUUGUCCAGGCUCCUCCAUGUGUGUGCCAGUGGGCAAGGUGUGUGACGGCAAACCAGACUGCCCCAGAGGAACAGAUGAGACCAACACCACCGCACAGCAAACCUGCAGCCUGGACCAGUGCUCAGCGCUGAGCUGUGAGUACCUGUGUCACCUCACCCCACAGGGCGGAGCCUGCUACUGCCCAAGUGGCUUCACCGUGGCCAAUGACAGCCGCUCCUGUGUGGACUAUGACGACUGUGACAUCUGGGGGAUCUGUGACCAGCUGUGUGAGGACCGCCCCGGGACCCACCGCUGCAGCUGUGCAGAUGGAUACUUCCUGGAACAGGGCAACCGCUGCAGGGCCAACAUCUCAGUUGGCUUGCCGCAGCUCAUCUUCACCAAUGGUGGUGACGUGAUGAUGGCAGACAUUCAUGGGCGCUUUAUCAGAACCCUGGUCCCUUCACAGGGCAGAGGUAGCUCGGUGGGUGUGGGGUACCACUGGCACAGUCAGAGGGUCUUUUGGACAGACACUAACACUCAGAAGGUGUACUCUGCCAACUUUGAUGGAGGUGACAUCCAAGAAGUGCUGAACGAGGCCGUUCACAGUGCCCAGAACAUCGCUGUGGACUGGAUCAACUUCAAGCUCUACGUCCUAGAGGCCAGGGUGGAGCGCAUCGACAUGUGUGACUUUGACGGAGGCAACCGGGUCACCCUUGUGGCCGAGAACCUUUUGACUCCCCACGGGCUGGCUCUGGACCCCACAGUGGGGUACAUGUUCUUCACGGACAGCGGCUACAUCAGUGAGGACAUGAAGCUGGAGAGGGCUUACAUGGAUGGUAGUAACCGUGUGGAGCUGGUGAAGACCAGGCUGGGGAUGCCGACUGGCGUCACCCUGGAUAUUGUCACCCAAAGGGUCUAUUGGUCCGACAGCCACUUUAACAUGGUGGAAACGGUCACCUACAGUGGUCUGGAGAGGAAAACGGUGCUCAACGGUGGCACCCAGGUUCCAUACCCGUUUGGCAUCUCUGUUUUUGAAAACCAUUUGUUCUUCACCGACUGGACCAAAAUGGGGGUAAUACGGACCAACCGCUUCAACGGUAGCGACCCGAACCUCAUCUACCGCACCACAGACAGACCCGGUCACAUUGUGGUCGCGCACCCUGUCCUGCAACCCAUUGUGAUGAGUCCAUGCGGUCGAAACAACGGGGGCUGUCAGCACAUCUGCGUCCUGAGUCACCUCUCCGACAAUGAUGGCCUGGGCUUCCGCUGCAAGUGUCGCCUGGGUUACGACCUCCAUGAAGACCGCCACAGCUGCUUCAAGGUGAGAGACUACCUCCUACUGGCCACCCAAUACGCAGUGCGUGGGAUCCCCCUGAACGUGUCCCUCCAGGAGGAUGUGACCCUCCCGCUGACCGGCCUGGGGGUCACCUUCUCCUCAUCGGCCGUGGAGUUCGACGGCAACGAGGAGGCCGUGUUCUACAAUGACCGCAGCAGGCAGAUCAUCUACAAGUCCAACACCAACGGCUCCAACACAGAGAUCCUGACAGGCUACAGGGUGGGCCAUGCGGAGUCCAUGGCGUACGACUGGACCUCCAAGGUCCUCUUCUGGACAUCCAGCUCCUACAGGGUGGUGGUGGCCUUCAGAGUGACCGACAAGUCCAGGCGGGACAUCGUGACAGGCCUGAAGAGCCCCAGGGGUCUCGCUGUGCACCCCAGUGCCGGAUAUCUGUUCUGGACUGACUGGUACCGGCCAGCAGUGAUCAUGAGGUCCUGGACUGACGGCAGCAACGCUGUUCCCCUCAUCAACACCACAUUGGGCUGGCCCAACGGACUCACUAUUGACUACAUGAAUGACAGGCUGUAUUGGGCGGAUGCCCUUCUAGACCAGAUAGGCCACGUGGGCAUUGACGGGUACGACAGACAGAAGUUCUCCAACAUCGGGCAGAUCACCCAACCCUUCUCCAUCACUAUCCAUGCAGAUUACCUGUUUGUGUCAGACUCGAGGACCAGGUCGGUGUUCCGGAUGCGGAAGAGGGACGGGGGUGAAAUUACCCCUAUCCGAAAGGGAAUCUCCGGAAUCCUGAGUGUCAAGGCUUACACAGCUGACCUUCAUGGCUUGUUCAACAGCCGGUGCAACAUGGUACCAAAUGGCCGCUGCAGCCACUUCUGCUUCCCCGCGCCCUCCUCUAGCCGCGUGUGUGGCUGCCCCUAUGGAAUGAAGCUCCAGGAGAACCAGAGGAACUGCGUGAAGGACGACUCAGAACCCCCUAUAGACACCAGCUGCGGAGACUACUCCUUCCCCUGCGACGGGGGCCGCUGCAUGCCCAACUCGUACCGCUGCGACGGGGUUAAAGACUGCAUGGACCAGACGGAUGAGGCCAACUGCACUGACACAGGCAUGACCUGCUCCCCGUGGGCGUUCACCUGCGACAACAAGCACUGCAUCCUGUCCGGCUGGCGCUGUGACGGCCACGAAGACUGUGGCGAUGGCUCAGACGAGGUCAACUGCCCCACACGUCUGCCCUUCACCUGCAGUUCAGAGCAGUUCGCCUGCACUGACGGCAGCAGAUGCAUCCCCAAAGCCUGGACGUGUGAUGCCGACAAGGACUGCAGCGAUGGCUCGGAUGAGAGAAACUGCAACGGGACCAUCGCUACGUGUGAGCCUGGGUACUUCUUCUGUCCCGACCACCGCUGCAUCUACAGCUCCUACGUGUGUGACGGAGACCAGGACUGUAUGGAUGGCUCCGAUGAGAAGGACUGUGAGUUCUCCUGUUCAUCCUAUGAGUUUGCCUGUGCCAGUGGUGACCAUUGUGUCAGUAGCAUCUACCGCUGCGACGGGGUCUUUGACUGUCGGGACCAAUCGGAUGAGAGCGGCUGCCCCACGCGAGGACCUGGCCUCUGCCACAAUGAUGAGUUCCAGUGCCAGACGGACGGCCUGUGCGUGCCCGACGAGUGGGAGUGUGACGGGCACCACGACUGCGAGGACGGCUCUGACGAACACAACUCGUGCCCGCCUGUAACAUGCCACAGCAACUAUUUCCAGUGCGCCAACGGCAACUGCAUCUCUCCGAGCUGGGUGUGCGACGGCGACAACGACUGCAGGGACAUGAGCGAUGAGCAGAACUGCCCCACGCCUCCUUUCAUGUGCCCCUCAGGCCAGUGGCUGUGCCCCACCGACCAGGUGUGCAUCGUCCUAGGGAAGGUGUGCGACGGACAGCGGGACUGUCCCAAUGGAGCUGAUGAGUCACCCCUCUGCAACCAGGAGGACUGUGCAUUGAACAACGGGGGCUGCAGUGACAGCUGUAUCCAGGGUCCUUUCGGAGCAGAGUGUACUUGUCAACCAGGCUACCAGCUCCUCAACGACUCCAAGACCUGCGACGACAUCGACGAGUGUUCCAUCCCAGGCUGGUGUAGCCAGCAGUGCUACAACGAGAGAGGCUCCUUCCGCUGCUCCUGCUCAGACGGCUACCUGCUCGAGGCCGAUAGUCGCUCCUGCAAAGCCACCGACCCCACAGCAGCCACGCUCCUAGUUGCCAAGCGCAGUCAGAUCAUCUCCAACAAAGUCAACCUCCGACCGCCCCUCAUCCACCCUGUGGUCAGCGGUUCAGACAUCGUGACCGUUGACUUUGACCGCUUGACCAGCAGAAUCUACUGGGCCGACGCCUCGCUGAAGAAGAUCUUUACCUCCUUUCAGAACGGCACGGACAGACGAGAGGUGUUCUCCACUGGUCUAAUGGUACCGGAGAGCAUAGCUGUGGACUGGGUGGCCAGGAACCUUUACUGGACCGACUCGGUGAUGGAGAACAUCGAGGUGUCCACUCUGGACGGCCGCUUCAGGAAGGUCCUCCUCACCAAGAACGUCACCAGCCCCCGUGGACUGGCUCUGGACCCCCGAAACCACACCAACGUAAUGUUCUGGUCAGACUGGGGUCAGAACCCGAGGAUAGAGAUGGCCUACAUGGACGGCACCGGGAGACAGGCCAUUGUCACCACCAAGCUCUACUGGCCCAACGGUCUGGCCCUGGACUACACCACGCGCCGGGUCUACUUUGCUGACGCCUACCUCAAGUACAUUGACUACUGCGAUUACAACGGCAACAACCGCUUCCAGGUCAUGGCCAGUGAUAUGGUUCUUCAACACCCCCACGGUAUGACCAUCUUCGAGGACCACAUCUACUGGUCGGAGCGCUAUACUUCCCAGGUCCUGAGGACCAACAAGUUCCACGGGGGAAACACGACCACCGUGAUCACCAACGUCUACCAGCCCAUGGGCAUUGUCAUGGACCACCCCAUCAAACAACCAGCAGCAAUCAACCCAUGCGCGGAGCACCUGUGCAGUCAGCUGUGCCUACUGUCUGGCUUUAGGCCCAGGUACUACACCUGCCACUGCCAGUCUGGCUGGAACCUCAACAGUGAUGGGCGCACCUGCAUCAAAGAUGACACUCCGUUCCUGAUGGUGGUGAGGGAGACUGUGAUCUUCGGCAUCCCUGUGGACCCGGCCGACCCCUCCAACAACGCCAUGGCACCCGUGUCUGGCAUCACUCAGGGGCGGGACAUUGACUUUGACGACCAGGAGCAGUUUGUCUAUUGGGUGCAGGACUCGAGCUCCAUUUACAGGGUGAAAACUGAUGGAACCAAUAGGACUCUGUUUGCUCCAUCUGCAAUCAUUGGCUCGCCCUCUGGUCUGGCUUUUGAUUGGAUAACUCGCAUGAUGUACUACACGAACCCAACUAAUAAAGCAAUAGAGGUCAUUCGUGUGGAUGGAGUUCAACUCUACAGGAAGACCCUCAUCACAAACACAGGGAAGCCAGAGGGAGCAGGGGAGCCUAUUGGAAUAGCCCUGGACCCAGCCAGAGGUAAAUUGUUCUGGACAGACCGGGGGACAGACAGUGGCGUACCUCCUAAGGUUGCCAGUGCUGACAUGGAUGGAGGCAACCUGAGGAACCUCUACACCGUCAACCAGGGGAUCAUUGGGUUCAUCACCGCAGACAUCGCUGUGAGCAAGCUGUACUGGGGCGUAGCCAGCACCGGAGUGAUUGAGUGUGGUACGAUGGACGGGGUCAGCAGGGUGACCAUAGUGAGCCAGCUGUCCCACCCCUGGGGCCUCACAGUGCACCAGAAUUACCUCUACUACACCGACCUGGACUACGAGGUCAUCGAGAGGGUGGACAAGGACACCGGGGCCAACAUGGUGGUGCUGAGGAGUGGGAUGACAGGAGUCCGAGCCCUCAAAGUCCACGCCCGAGACAACUCGGCCGGCACAACCAACGCCUGCAGCACCAACAAUGGGGCCUGUCCCCACCUGUGUUUGCCCAAGCCUGGGGGCCAGAAGACAUGUGUCUGCACCACGGGCUUAGUGCCUUCCCAGGAUGGCACCACCUGCGUGCAGUACGACUCCUACGCAGUGGUCUCCACCCCCAGACUUAUCCGAGGCUUCCACAUCAACAGCUCCGACCACUCGGAGGCCAUGGUGCCUGUUGCUGGAUACUCUUACUCUGUGAUGGACAAGCUGGAUCUCCACGUCGCCUCUAGGUACAUCUACUGGAUCGACAACAGCACUUCCAGCUCUUACAGAGGGAUCUUCAGGGCCCAGACAGACGGUGGAAGCUUCACUCCCGUCGUCAACCAAGGCAUCGGCCGAGGAGGCAUACAAGGGAUGGCUGUGGACUGGAUCUCAGGCAACCUCUACUUCACCAACGCUAUUGAGGCCCAGACCUACUUGGAAGUGACCCGCCUCGAAACCCCCUACCGCACGGUCCUCCUCAAGUCCACUGAGGACCGGCCCAGUGACCUUGCCGUCAGCCCCAAGCUCCGUUUUCUCUUCUGGGCCGACGGAGGCCAGAACCCCAAAAUUGAACGUGCCCAGCUAGAUGGUGCCAACCGUACCGUGUUAGCCUCCGAGAGCCUGGCAUCGCCACGCGGCCUCACGGUCGACUACACCAACGAUUUCCUGUACUGGACAGACGAUGUGCUGGAUAUGAUUUCGCGCAUGGCGCCCGAUGGGACACAGAGGGAGAUUGUCCGUUAUGGGAGUCGAUACCCGGCUCCGUACGGAUUGUCGAUAUUUGGGAAUUCUAUGUUGUGGGUGGAUAGAAAGCUCGGGAAGCUUUUCCAGGCCAGCAAGGAUCCAGCGAAUACGACCCAGCCAGAGGUGAUCCGCGACGGCAUUGACGGGCUCACGGACGUGGUGGUCUUCAACUCCCACGUGCAGCCCACCGCUGCCAACCUGGUGGGCUUCAACCCGUGCCAGGAGGACAAUGGGCGCUGCCAGCAGCUCUGCUUCGCCCUGCCCGAGCAGGAGAAACCCACUUGUGCCUGCGCCCACGGUUCGCUCCUCAACAAUGGAGUGUCGUGCGGCUACGGUCUGGACGAGUUCCUGGUAUUCACCACGGACUACACCAUGAAUAGUUUACGUUUAGACCCCUCCGAUCACACUAGCCCCUACCCUACUAUCAACCUGGGCUAUAAUGUGGUGGCGCUGGAUUUCGACUUUGCAGACAAGAGGAUAUUUUUUACUCAGUACAUGGGGAUAGGCCGAAGCAGGAUAGGCUAUGUCAUCACCACGGUUACCGGUGCACCUGUCAUCAUAGCCGACGAUUUAAAUUAUCCACAGGGGCUGGCCUAUGACUGGGUUCACAAGCGCCUUUACUUCACCGACUACUACAAUAGAAGUGUCCAGGCCAUGGGGGUGGACGGGCAGAACCGCUCCUUGAUAGCCCAUGCCAACCGCCCUCUUGGCAUCAUUGUGGAUCCCUGCUAUGGCUACCUAUACUGGACUGACUGGGGGAGCCCUGCUAAGAUAGAGAGAGCUACUCUGGGUGGAAACUUCCGGGUGCCCAUCAUCAGCACCAGUCUGUCCCAGCCCAACGGACUUUCCAUAGACUACGAGGAAAGGAUGCUCUACUGGGCCGACGCUUCCCUAGAUAAGAUUGAGCGUUCCACCCUGACCGGGGAGAGCCGCCAGGUGAUCAUGAGGGGGGUCCAGUACCCCUACGCUUUGACCGUGUUCCAGCAGGACAUAUACUGGACUGACUGGACCACGCAAGCGAUCUACCGUGCCGGGAAGGACGACGGGUCAGGGUUCACGGUCCUGGUCCAGGAACUACAGUACAGGCCCAACGACAUCCACGUGUACGCCGGGUCCAAGCAGGAGGCUUGCUCAAGCCCCUGUCAGCAGUUUAACGGAGGGUGUAGUCACGUCUGUGUGCCAGGUCCGUCUGGUCCAGAGUGUCAGUGUCCUGUAUCGGGUAACUGGUAUUUGGCCAACAAUGGCAGGGAUUGUAUCCAUGACAACGGUAACCGUUGCCAGCCCGAGCAGUUCACCUGUCUGAACGGUGGCUGUAUCUCAGUGCGUUUGAAGUGUGACGGCUACAGAGACUGCCAGGACAACUCAGACGAGCUGGAGAGAGUGUGCGCCUUCCACGAGUGCUCGGCCCAGGACUUCACUUGUGACAACGGCCGCUGUGUGGCCCUGUCCUACGUUUGUGACUACACGAAUGACUGCGGCGACAACAGUGACGAGCUGGGCUGCCCGUUCCCCACCUGUGCCUCCGCCACCGAGUUCACUUGCACCAAUGGACGCUGCAUCUCCGCCGCCUUCGUCUGCGACGGCUACAAUGACUGCCGCGACAACGACACCUCAGACGAGAUCAACUGUCCGCCCCGAACGUGUCCCUCCGGACAAACCAAGUGUGACAGCACAAACAUCUGUAUCUACGCUAGCCAACUGUGCGACGGUUACAACAAUUGUGGGGACAACAGUGACGAGAACCCUUUGUUCUGUGCGGGCCGGACGUGCUCACCCGACCAGUUCCGUUGUGACGAGGGGAAGUGUAUCCCCAGCUCCUGGGUGUGUGACUGGAUCAGAGACUGUGUCGACGGGACCGACGAGCCCCCCUCCUGCCAGGACCAAAUAAACACCUGUCACCCUGACCAGUUCACAUGCACCAACGGGAAUUGUAUCCCCAUGUCACUGACGUGUGACGGCAACAACGACUGUUGGGACAAUAGUGACGAGGCACUGGAACUCCAAUGUGGAGAGCGGGCAUGCGCAUCUCAUCAGUUCACCUGCCCCCCUCCAUGGCGUCCUGGCCACCCGCGCUGUAUCGCCCUGAGCUAUGUGUGUGAUGGGGAGAAGGACUGUGCCGACGCAGCUGAUGAGCUUCAAAACUGCCCCAACCGCACCUGCCACAUGAAUGAGUUCGCCUGCGCCAAUGGCCUGUGUAUCCUCAUCCCCUUCCACUGUGACCGAGUCAACGACUGCGGGGACGGCAGCGACGAGUUCGGCUGUUCCUACGACACCUGCACCAGCUACCAGUUCACCUGCCAAAACGGCGCCUGCAUCCCAGCCACCUUUGUCUGCGAUGGCGAGGCCGACUGUCUGGACGGUUCUGACGAGGCAGAAGGCGUGUGCAGCACCCCCCAGCCUACCUGUGCCCCGGGAGAGUACUUGUGCAAGUCGGGCGAGUGUAUUGAUAUCCACAAGGUCUGCAACUCACAGAAGGACUGCUCGGAUAACAGUGAUGAGAAGGGAUGCGGAAUUAACGAAUGCCAAGACCCGUCAGUCCACAAGUGUGCCCAGGUCUGCACCGACACCCUGACAGGUUACUACUGCUCAUGUAAUGCCGGCUACCACCUCAUGCCUGAUGGUAAGGCGUGCGCAGACCUGGACGAGUGCCGCGACACGCCCGCCGUCUGUAGCCAGAUCUGCGAGAACUCCGCCGGCUCCUUCCACUGCAAAUGCGCCCCGGGCUACGUGCGUGAGCCAGACGGGCGCACGUGCCGCCAGAACAGCGCCAUCGCCCCUUAUCUGCUGUACAGUAAUCGCUAUUACAUUCGUAAUUUGACGACUGACGGUUCGCAGCUGAGCGUGGUUCUGCAAGGGCUGUCAAAUGUGGUGGCGCUGGAUUUUGACCAUGACGAAAAAAGGCUGUACUGGUUGGAUGCGGGAAUGGUGCGGAUUGAGAGGAUGCGAUUUGACGGCAGUGAGAGGGAGACGAUAGUGGAUAACAACGUGGUAGGGGCCGAGGGGCUGGCGGUGGAUUGGGUUGGCAGGAAGCUCUACUGGGUAGACAGUUACUACGGCUCUCUCCACGUGUCAGAGCUGGAUGGUCGUUUCCAGAAGAAGUUGCUGAGUGGCUGCAUGGGGCCUAACGCCACCUACUGCUUUGUCCGGCCCCGUGCCGUAGCCGUCAACCCCAAAUAUGGCUGGCUAUAUUGGACAGACUGGGGGGACACCGCCUACAUUGGCAGGGUUGGUAUGGAUGGUACCAACGCCACUGCCCUCAUCACCACCAAGCUGGAGUGGCCCAGUGCCCUGACCAUUGACUACACCACCAACAAGAUCUUCUUCGCCGACUCCCACCUCAAUUUCCUAGAUUUUGCUGAUAUGGACGGGGAGAACCGCCACCGGGCCAUAGCAGGCUCCCUGCCUCACCCCUUUGCCGUCACCCUGUUUGAAGACUGGGUCUACUGGACUGACUGGAACACCCACACCGUUGAGAAGGCCCACAAGUACACUGGCACCGGACGCGUCGUUAUGGGCAACAACACACACCGGCCAAAUGACAUCCAUGUAUACCAUCCCUACAGGCAGCCUCGCAGUGAUAACCCUUGCGCAACACACCACCUAACCUGUAGCCACCUGUGUCUGAUUGGUCCUGGUGGGACCAGCGCUACGUGUGAGUGUCCAGACCACUUCAUUGGCCUCUCCGUGGGCUUCAAGGUCCAGUGUGUGGCCGACUGUUCCAGCACCCAGUUCCGCUGCGGAGACAACGAAAAGUGUGUCUCUAUCUGGUGGAAGUGUGAUGGUCAGUCCGACUGUGGUGACGGGUCCGACGAACCCCUCACCUGCCCGCCCCGCUACUGUCCAAUUGGUCAGUUCCAGUGCCAGGAUAGGAACUGCACGUAUCCUGGCUUCCUGUGUGACGGACACGCUGACUGCCGUGAUAAUUCAGAUGAGGACGCUGCCCUCUGCAGUGACCACAGGUGUGCAGAAAAUCAGUUCCAGUGUAAGAACAAGCAGUGCAUCCCUGUGUCAUUGCACUGUGACGGCAUCAUCGACUGUUCUGAUGGGAGUGACGAGGACACUGAUGGCUGUGCCCAGAAGACAUGCCGACCGGGCCAGUUCACGUGCGCAAACGGAGUGUGUAUCCCGCCCAACUAUGUGUGUGACGCUCAGAACGACUGCGGAGAUAGAUCCGAUGAGCCCUACGAGAUCUGCAUGGGGCCAGAACAUAACUGCGACGAGCUCACGGAGUUCUCCUGUAAGACCAACUACCGCUGUAUCCCCACCUGGGCCGUGUGCGAUGGCUCCAAUGACUGCAUCGACAACACCGACGAGCAGAACUGCGAGGCGUUGACCUGUGACCCCCUGGGCGACUUCCGUUGUGACAAUCACCGCUGUGUGCCCAUCCGCUGGAAGUGUGACGGCAGCAACGACUGUGGUGACGGCUCUGAUGAGAGGGACUGCGUGCCAAGGCCGUGCUCGGAGAGCGAGUAUCGCUGUGACAACCAGCAGUGCAUACCUGGAAACUGGGUGUGUGACCAUGACAACGACUGUGGGGACAACUCAGACGAGCGCGACUGUGAGUUGAAGACAUGUCGUCCAGGGUAUUUCCAGUGUCUGUCGGGUCACUGUAUCCCCGCCGCUCUUCAAUGUGACGGACGACCAGACUGCUUGGACAUCUCUGACGAGAGCUCCUGUCCGACCCGUUACCCAGGGGGCCGCUGGUGUCCCAACCACCAGUUCCAGUGUGCGAACAAGCUGUGUGUGUAUGAGAACUGGGUGUGUGACGGCAACAACGACUGUGGAGACCACUCCGACGAGGAGCUCAUCUUAUGUUUGAACAUCACCUGUGAGAUGCCAUCAAGGUUCCGCUGCGCUAACGGCUACUGCAUCUACUCUGGGAAUCUGUGUAACCAGAAGGACGACUGUGGGGACGGAAGUGAUGAGAAGGAGGACCUCUGCCGUGAGCCCACCCUGGCUCCUUGCACCCUCCAGGAGUUCAAAUGUACCAAUGGACAGUGUGUAGCCCUGCCCUAUGUGUGUGACCACAAUGACAACUGUGGGGACCUCACUGACGAGAUAGGCUGCAAUUUUGGCCAUGACCGGACCUGUGAGGAGAAACUGUGUCAGCACGAGUGUACCAACCUGAACAAGACCGGCUUCAUCUGCUCCUGUAGACCUGGAUACAGAGUGGACCCGGACAGCACCUUCAACUGCAAAGAUAUCAAUGAGUGUGAGGUACAUGGGACUUGCCCGCAGAUCUGCAAGAACACCAAGGGCGGGUACGAAUGUGAGUGUGCCCCCGGGUACCGCAAAGUGGGUAAUGGCAACCAGUGUGAAGCUGAGGGUGCCGGGCCUCUCCUGUUGCUCCCAGAGAAUAUCCGUAUCCGGAAGUUCAACUUGCAGAUGGAGGCCUACCAUGACUUCCUCGAGGAGCAGGAGCACAUCAUGGCUCUGGACUAUGACUGGGACCACAACAACACUGGACUCAGUAUGGUGUAUUUCACGGUGGAGGGGAAGGACAAUGCGGCAGGCGCCAUCAAGAGGGCAUAUAUACCCACAGUGGACGACAAUAGCAACAAUAUAGCCGCCGCUGUCGACCUGGGCAUCAAAUACAUUACCACGCCAGAUGGCAUCGCUGUUGACUGGGUCGGAAGGAACCUGUACUGGGCGGACUCGAGAGUCAAGAGGAUAGAGGUGGCCAUGCUGGAUGGGCGCUACAGGAAGCACCUGGUCAAGACGGACAUUGACCAUCCCUCUGCUGUGGCUGUCAAUCCUCGACUGGGGAUGCUGUACUGGGCGGACCGCGGAACCGCGGCCAGGAUCGAGUACUCAUGGUUGGACGGGCAGCACCGGAAUGUCCUGGUGCCCGACGGCCUGGGUUUUCCAACAGGCCUGUCAAUCGACUACGCCAACGGUGACCGGGUCUACUGGUCCGAUGCCAAGGAGAGUCGCAUUGAGUCGGUGCUACCUUCCGGAGAAGACCGCCGCACUGCACUGUAUAUUGAUGUGCGGUACCCUUUCAGUGUGAGUGUGUUUGAGGACCACAUUUACUGGAGCACGCAAGAGAAAGGGGAAGUGUUCCGGCAGGACAAGUUUGGCCGUGGCACCAAGACCAAGCUGCUCACCGCUGGGCCCUGGCUCACCCAGAUCAGCGUGUACCAGCAGCAGAGAUACAACUCAAUAGGCAUGAAAAACCCUUGCAAAGGGAUCUGUAGUCACUUGUGUCUGCUCAGACCUGGAGGCUACACCUGCGCCUGCCCUGAGGGAACCAGCUUUGUCUCUGGCAGCAACACAGACUGUGAUGCAGUGGGUAUAGCCAUCGGGGUGACUGUACUGAUAGUUCUUCUCCUUGGGGGUCUUGUCUAUGCUGCCCAGAGGAAGGCCAGUGUCAUGGAGACAAUAAGCCACAUCAUGCCAAGUAUGCCUAGCUUCAGGGGUGCCCCAAAUCAAAGCUCUGACCCAUCUGAGGAGGGGAAUGACCCGGGCCCAAGCAUCAAAGCGGUUUGUCUGAUCAUGAUUUCUUAA